CGUGAUUUUUAGAGUAUAACAUGAGGUUUUGAAACAGUCCCGAGUGCGAUUGUGUGGUUUGGCGCGGCGCGCCACGUCAUCGCCCGUGUUGUCGGUCGCUUCCCGAAUCCCGGUCUUAGUCGUGGCGGGAAAGUGACAGGCUGCCGGCGGGCGGGUAUUAUUAUCAUUUCUCAAAGAGACAGUCAGCACCAUGGAGGUGGAAAUGAAAGAGACUGGUGCCAGCGAGGCGGAGGAGAGGCAGCCCGGGAAGGACUCGGCAAGCUCGGCGGCUGGGAAAGGGGCGAGCGGCGCGUAUGAGAUGCCCUGGGUGGAAAAGUAUAGACCAUUAAAGCUGAACGAAAUAGUGGGGAAUGAAGAGACAGUCAGCAGGCUAGCGGUGUUUGCAAGAGAAGGCAAUGUACCUAACAUUAUCAUUGCAGGUCCUCCAGGCACUGGUAAGACGACCAGUAUCUUGUGCCUGGCCCGGGCGCUGCUGGGUCCUGCCAUGAAGGAUGCGGUGCUGGAGCUCAAUGCCUCCAAUGACAGAGGUAUUGACGUUGUAAGAAACAAAAUCAAGAUGUUUGCCCAGCAGAAGGUGACGCUGCCGAAAGGGCGACACAAGAUCAUCAUCCUGGAUGAAGCGGACAGCAUGACUGAUGGAGCCCAGCAAGCCCUCAGGAGGACAAUGGAGAUCUACUCAAAAACAACCCGCUUUGCAUUAGCCUGUAAUGCCUCGGACAAGAUCAUAGAGCCAAUCCAGUCCCGCUGCGCUGUGCUGCGCUACACCAAGCUGACAGACGCGCAGGUCCUGGCCCGGCUCAUGGAGGUUAUAGAGAAGGAGAAGGUGCAGAGCACUGAUGAUGGGCUGGAGGCCGUCAUCUUCACAGCGCAGGGGGACAUGAGACAGGCAUUGAACAAUUUGCAGUCUACAAAUUCUGGAUUUGGCUAUGUCAACAGUGAAAAUGUGUUUAAGGUCUGUGAUGAGCCUCACCCCCUGCUCGUGAAAGAGAUGAUUCAACACUGUGUGAAUGCCAAUAUCGACGAGGCUUACAAGAUUCUUGCCCAUCUUUGGAAGCUGGGUUACUCCCCCGAAGAUAUCAUCGGAAACAUUUUCAGAGUUUGCAAAACCUUCCAGAUGCCCGAGUACCUUAAACUGGAGUUCAUCAAGGAGAUCGGCUACACCCACAUGAGGGUGGCUGAAGGGGUGAACUCUCUGCUGCAGAUGGCUGGACUCCUGGGACGACUCUGUGCAAAGACAGCCGCCCCUGCAGCCAGCUAAACCAGCCUUCCAGCGAGUGCAGAGUCUACCGCAUGCCCUGCCCCUCCCUGGGGUACAGCCAGACACAUCCCUCACUACAUGUUUUCAAAACAGAUUAGACAUACUGAACGUAGAUGUUUUGAGUAUUUCCAUGGUUAGAGAAUUCAACAGAAAUACUGUGUAUGUGCUUGGGGAGGUACUUCCAUGCAAAAAUGUAUUCCCACCCCAUCAUACAGGGUGAUUAGCAAGUAAGUUUACCACAUGAACACACCGUAUCAUUAAUGUGGUAAGCUUACUUUCUAAUCAUCCUGUGUGUGUGUGUGUGUAUAUAUAUAUA